AUGUCGGAAGGAAGAACUUGGAAUGUCGGAAGGAAGGACUUGGAAUGUCGGAAGGAAGAACUUGGAAUGUCGGAAGGAAGAACUUGGAAUGUCGGAAGGAAGGACUUGGAAUGUUGGAAGGAAGGACUCGGAAUGCCAGAAGGAUUUGACAAGACAAUUUACCUUAUAGAGCUACCUGAGCCAUCUUUGGUGUCAAGCGUAAAAAUAAAUGGUUCAUCUACUCUACUUGUUUGA